AUGUUGCCGCGACUAAAUGCUGCGCUCGUUGUGCCCUUUCAAUCACUCUCUAAAGAGCUGCAUCCCCUAAUCGUUGCCCAAUAUCCUAAUUCAUCUGCAUCACGUGGUGAAGUAGCCUUGCUGAGUUCUGUCCAAUCAUUCGUCAAGAAGUACGCCACCGAGGCACUUUCGUUCACCCUCUCUCUCUCUCUCUCUCUCUCUCGACUUGCUCGUUUGCUGGAAUGCCUGACCCACGAGCGUCGUGCCUCGAUUGAUCGCCUCAAGAAGCUCGCGUCGAAACACACCCCCCCAGUACCGACGAGUUCCCUUCUGCGUCUCCCGCCCAAUGUCCGGCCCAGGGUGCUGCGCGCUCUCUACACCGUGGGACUGAUUUGCAAGCACUUCUCCCUUGAAGAUCUCGCCACCACGGCCUUCGACAUGAUCAACGAGUCAAACAGCGGUGGCAGACGCACCUCUGUCAACCUCAGCGUCCUCACUCAACAGGCAACCUGUGGAACAAGUAAUCGCGACGAAGUCUUCAACACCCUCAUGUUCUUCGCGGAGAGAGCUCUGCUCCUGGGCAAAGAGGAGGACGCUCGUCUGAUCCUCGCCUCUGGCCAGCCCAGCAACGAGGACGUGGAGUUGGGGAAGAAGGCCAUCGCUGGUCUCUCAUUCUUAACCAACCGACACGACUACCUCUUCUGUUCGGCACGUCUCCAGACCUUCUUCACUGAUAUUCUGGCCGGAGUGAGCGCCAGUUUUCCACCCGAAGCUGCCGCCGACCUCCAGUGCAUCAUCCUCGACUGUCUGACAAACUUCCUCGUCGACGAGGAGAAGCAGAUGCUAGCGGAUGACUCGGAAUGGGCGACACGUCGGAAGCAGGAGUCUCUGAAGGAACUCGGUGACCGCCGCGAAGGCCACGGGAGCGCCGUGGCGCAGGUAUACCUACCGACAGUCCUCGAACACUGCAUAAUCUCCCCCUCGGCCACGGUACGCGCCAAGACCCUCUCCCUGAUCUCCACAGUUCUCCGUCAGGGCCUUGUGCACCCAGUUCACACAAUCGCCUGCCUCGUCUGUCUGCAAACCGAUCCAGAGGCGCCUGUUCGCACCCGGGCCACUCAGCAACUUCAAGAGGCCGAUAAGAAAUUCCCCGGCUUCCUUGCUUUGAAAGCAGAACCGGGCAUUCGAAUUGGCUUUCGUCUCCAGCGACUGGUCGCCUCGUCUUCGGGCAAAUCGGGGGUGGUGAUUCGUGGAGCCACCGUCUCCAAGUCCUCCAGCGACAAGUCGGACUCCAACGCCGACUCCAGUGUCCAGGCGCGACCCCUCGCCCUCAACCACACAGUCUACAGCCUGCUACAGGGAAAUCGACAGCACCGGCGCUCUCUCAUCACCUCGCUCGUCACUCUCUUUGAUCUGGAUCAUACCCAAAGCCCGGCCCUGUACUCUGGUUCCGGCUACCCCAAUCUGCAGCCGAGGUCAUCGUCCGCCGGCCUUGCCUCCGUCCCUGGCGCCGCCAACGCCGUUGCCACGGAGGUUCCACACGACAACGGGCUCCUGGAGCUAAUCUACAUCUGCGAUCAGCUCGCGCACUUCCCCUACAAGACGCUGGACGAAAUCAACUACCUGGCCCACUCUAUCGACCUGCGCGUUAGCACUCUGGGCUCGGGUGUGGCUCGGGCCCUCCACGACUGCAUGAUCUCGUCGUCGCAGUUGAAGACGCCUGCUGCCGAGGCGGCUGUCUACGAUCGGAAGGUCACGAAUCUCAUCGAAGACGCGGAAGCCGAGUUGUUCGCCAAGUCCACGCCCCCGGCGGAAAGCGGACCAAUCGAGCGCAAGGUCCUGGACCGCAUGAACCGACCGGCUGUGGCGGACCGACGCCGCGCUUUCCGCGCCCAGGUCAUUCGCAGUGCCCCCGCCUGUCUCCUCCUCAUGAGUGUCCGCAAGUACCUCGAAGAGGCCUACGACGUGACCUCGAGCAAACUUAGUUCCUACUCACCUGGCGAGGAGAAGCAAUGGCAGAAGCCCAUUUCAGCGCCGUCGGGUCGCGCGUUGCAGUUGGGUGCGUUCCGACGCCUCGUUGAGAUUCCAGCCAUCGUCGAGCAGUGCGCCACCGACCCCACCUGGCCUCCGGUCACCGCGAAUCUCGAGGAGACGCUUUCUAGCCCCGGCGAGCCUUCGGAUAAGACCAUUCUUCGUCUGGCCCUCCUUGUGCAUCGUCAGCUCUUGUCCAUGGAUGACGAGGGCGCAAUUGGAACAGCCACCGCAACUGAAUCCUGCAGCCAAUCCACCGGACCCGAUGGAGAUGCCUUGCAGGCUCCACCAACCGUGAAAAAGUCCUCUCCUGCGCAUCGGGAAUCCGAAAAGUCCAGGACUGGAGAGAACAAGCCUUCCACGUCUGCCAGCAAACUCCACAAUGACCAACGGGCGCCGGCCAAGGCGCCCACAAAGGUCCAACCUCCGCCGUCAAAACACCGCAAAAUUGAUGACAUCGAUGAGGCCAACGGCAGCCUCUCGUCCCUGUCCGACUCCAGUCCAGUUCGCAAGGCCCCCUCAAGCAGGCAGCAGUCUUCCGUUAAGUCGGGCGAAAAGAGGAAACAGCCCCACCCUUCUGGCGGCUCCUCGUCCUCUUCCAAUGUCUCAAAGUCGACCAAACACCCCACGAAGCCAAACCGUGAGGCACCUUCUGCGUCGCUCAGCAAGUACCAUACCUCAAUACCAAAGAAGGACCCAAGCAAGUCCGGGACCAAGAAGCGUUUGCAUCGUGUCACCGAAGACGACGAGCUCUCCUCGCUCUCCAGCCUCGAUGACUCACCACCGAGACCCCCCAAGAAGACCUCACCCCCACCCGCACCGGCGCCGGCGCCCAAGAAGACGGAGAAGCCGGCGGUCGUGCGGCCGAAGUACGACCUCGCUCCCCUCCCCGGCACGCCAGACAUCCGCACGCAACAGGAGCAGCGCCGCAAGAUGAAGGCCCUCGCCUCGAAGAAGGCCAUGACGAAACACCUGGCGGCCGGUGGAUCCGAAAAGAAACUGAACCGAGUUUCGCAACAACCCCCGUUUGUGCAGAAGGAGAGCUUCCGAAGAGAGUUGAAGAAGCCAGCUGAGGCUUGUGAAUCGGACGUGGAGAUAUCCUCGGUGUCUUCAGUUUCCACCGUUUCCACACCGUCAUCUUCCACCUGCUCUUCAGAUUCCUAA